UGUUAAUGACAUUUACUCAUGUUUACAUCGAACAUAAUAUACUGAAAUUGCUUCGUUAUUAUUAAAACGGCGGACAAUAUUAUUAAAAAUCCGCCAUGGAUAAUGCCAACCACCUUCCUUCCGCAACAACAUGAAGCCAUAAAUUUAUAAAAAUAACUUAACACCAAGCAGUUUUUCCUAUUGUUUUGUGUUAAGUUAUAAACUCCUGGAAAUAUUAACAUGAAAUAGUCUACCAUAAGUAAUCAAUACCUAACAAUAUUUCUUAUACAUCUAUUACACCAUAUCAGAAAACGAUAUAAAAUAUCAAAAUGGAGAAACAAGGUAAAUACUUCAAAGAGGACGUAAGCACAAUUUCACUAUUCAGAAGGAACGAAAACAAAAAGACUCCCCAGGCUUGUCAUGUCUUGACCAACCCCCAUGCACCAUACCGAUACCAUAAGCUACUUCUGGACACCGAACCAAAGGUAUACAACUCCAUUAUUGAUCAAUAUUGUUACCCAACCCACCAUUCGCCAACACAUGAAGAAGUCAGCUUGGUAGAAAAUAAGCCUAAAGUAAAAUCUCGAUAUAUGGACUUUUACUACAAAAAUCUAUACGAAAGAGAACAAUCGGCAACUUGCGAUUGUUGCUCGAAUGUUGCUUAUUCAAAUAUGAUAAACCAUAACUGGUCUUUAUGCGAAUCAACCCCAAUACCAGUAUCCUUAAGUGAAGAUCAAAGUCCUGUUCAGCAGACGAUUGUGGAGCGUAAGCGAAACGAUACGAAGUCACGGUAUAUGGAUUAUCUUAAGACGAAAAACGAAAUGGAAGACAUAAGUACCAAAAUCCAGUCACCACCACACUCAUAUUAUGAAAGCUUCAAUACUAUUCCUGUAUAUAGAAGUAGGAAGGACCAGUGUAAUUAUAGUAAAGAAAGCGAUAGUGCUUGUUACGUCAUCAACCCCCGUGCACCAACUCUGUACUAUGACGAUCCAGACAGGCGAUCAAGAUUAUUCAACUACAUUAUGGAUCAAGAUUAUCUGAUGAAACAGUUGCCAACACAUUAUGAAGAAGAAGAAGACUUCCAAGAAAACCCUACCAUGAAACCUCUUUACAUGGAUUUUAACCAUCAAAGUCAAAAUGAGAAAAAAGAAUUAGCUAAGUGUGUUUCGCCUUCACAUUCUUAUAGUGAAGGAAAGUUUAAAAAAAAACCUUCCAUGAAACCUCUUUACACGGACUUUAACCAUAAAUGUCAAGACGAGGAGAAUGAAUUAACUAUGCGUGUUUCGCCAACACAUUCUUGUAUCGAUAUAGACUUGGAAGGAAAAACUAGGAAGGACAUACCUAUAAAAUCACGUUACAUGGAUUUUUACUACAAAAAUCAAAAUGAAAGAAAAGAAUCGGCUGCUGACGAAUAUAGUUUGGAUGCACCUGAUUCAAAUCCAACACACUACAAUUGUCCACACGAAGCUACCGAAACAGUUUUAAGUGAUCAGUGUCCUGCCAGCAAGACAAUUGAUACGCAUAGAACAAACGUAAUCAAAUCACGGUAUAUGGACUGGGAAAAAGACCGAUCGUCUGAAGUAUUGAAAAAAGACCCUAUAAAGACAUCUCAACUAGACUGGAAAGAUUAUCAUCGAUUGAACACCAUACACAAUUUUUUGGAUGAUAUGCAAUACAAUUAUCCUUCUAUUUGCACUACCGGUGUCAUCGGAUCGUCACUAGAAAACCGGGAUCUUAAGGUUCUGAAAGUGUCCAACAGUAACGUUGGGAACGCCAGCGUGUGGAUCGAUGCCGGCAUACAUGCGCGCGAGUGGAUCGCGCCCGCAGUCAACACAUACAUUAUUAACUACGUCGUCAAAAACUUCGAUGAGCUGCCUGACAGCAUGACGAACAAGGACUGGCGAGUGUCUAACGUUUUUUGCUUACCGCGCGCCUCACCACUCAACUGUCAAUGUUUUGCUUUAAUAGAGAGAAACAAUCUGAUUACUUUUUAUAACACCUAUCUGAAAUAUGUUCCUUUGACUUGUUUUAGGUAUUUCCUCCCAGUAAUGAACCCAGACGGCUACGAAUUUUCUCACACUAACUAUCGAAUGUGGCGCAAAAACAAAGCAUGGCACGGCAGGGAAUGCUUAGGCGUUGAUCUUAACAGGAAUUUUAGCUUCGGCUGGGGCGGUAAAGGCUCAUCAGACGAGCCAAAGAGUCCGUUUUACCGUGGUCCUCGACCAUUUUCUGAACCGGAAUCUAGAGCUGUAAGAGAUACGUUACAAUCGUCCGGGAUACAAUUUAAAGUAUACAUAACAUUGCACAGCUUCGGAGAAGUUAUCUUAUUUCCAUUUGCUUAUCGAGAUGAGCUGUGCCCAGACUACGUCCGUCUAUUAGAAGGGGCCACUGUUAUGUCUAAGGCUAUCUAUGCGGCAAAUGGAAACAUAUACAAAGUAGGUAUUUCUCGAGAUGUGAUGUACGGUGCCGCCGGUACCAGCUGCGACUGGAGCUACGGGCAAGCCAAGAUACCCUUCUGCUACCUUCUAGAGCUUAGAAGCAAGAAACACAAGUUCAGAUUACCACAGAUAGAAAUAGAAGAGACAGGCAAAGAAAUUCUGAGUUGUAUAAUGGCGUUGAUGAAGUUUGUAGAUAAUUAUGACUUGGGUGGUAACUUUAUUGAAAACUAUUUUUAUUUGGAUAUCAAAGUGGCGCCACCACUACCACAAGUAUGGGCAGUGAGGUUCACUGACGAAGGCCAAAAAUGUUUCGUGAGGUCACUUGACACAUGCGGUGCAAUAAACAUAUGGAAGGAAGAACGAAGCACGAUGGACUUCUUCGUGGACAAGCCGCGGGUUGCCCAAGUGGCAUCCAUGCUGCACGAGAGAGGCAUACCAUUCUCCGUCUCUAUCAGAGACGUGGAUGAGUUGAAGGUGCGUGAGCAGGGCUCCACAAUCACUGUCAACGUCAGCGCCACUGAGCGGACCGGUCAAUCGGAAUAUCAGUCUCCGUGUGAAUGUAUGAACUGGAACACCUACCACGGCCUGCGUACGAUUUACAAUUUUAUGGACAAACUUGCUGAGUCAUACCCAUACUUGUGCAAUACCUUUGUCAUCGGGAAGACUUGCGAAGGAAGAGAUAUCAAGCUCCUGAAGAUAUCAAAUGGUAAUCCAGACAAUAAAGGCGUCUGGUUGGACGGGGGCAUCCACGCGCGCGAGUGGGUCAGCGUCGCCGUGACUACAUACAUCGCCAAUGAAAUUGUCAAAAACUUCCACAGGAUGCCAGAGAGCGUCACCAACAAGGACUGGUAUAUACUUUCAGUGAUGAAUCCUGACGGCUACGUGUAUACUCACACAACGGAUCGAAUGUGGCGCAAAAAUAGAGGGAAAUACGGACAGUGUAUGGGAGUAGAUCUCAAUAGGAACUUCAGCUACGGGUGGGGAGAGGCAGGGGAAGACGGUUCGUCUGAAGAUCCUGGCAGCAUUUUCUACCGUGGACCAAAGCCUUUCUCAGAACCAGAGACCGCUGCAGUAAAGAGGGCGAUUCUCGAGUCAAACACCGAGUUCAAGGCGUUCGUUUCAUUCCAUUGCUACGGUGAAGUGAUAAUUUUUCCUUGGGGCUACACCAGCGAGCCCUGUCCGUCCUACGUGGAACUACUUGAGGGAGGCACGGUUAUGGCUCGGGCAAUACACGCUGUAAAUGAGCGCACAUACAAGGUCGGAAGCACUAGGGACAUCAUGUACUACUCAGCGGGCACCAGCGUAGACUGGAGCUAUGGCGUCGCUAACAUCCCCUACUCCUACAUGAUAGAACUACCAAGCAAGCAGCACCGUUUCCUCUUACCCAAGGAACAGAUCAUCCCCACAGCAAUAGAAGUCUUAUGUGGAGUGAUAGAGUUAAUGCAAUUCGUCGACAGGAGGAGUAAAGGUACGUCACCGUCAGCUACCUCUUGUAAUAGUAAAUUAUAG